UUGAACUAUGAAUUUUUUCUUAACCUAUCUUUUUGUGUGGUUUGCCAUUUCCAUUUAUAUAUAUUUUUUUGCAUAGGCAUACAUGGAUGAUAUUGAUAUUAAUAUUAAUGACUUUGAAGUCAAAAGAAAAAGAGAUAGAUCUAAUACAACCAUGGAAGUAGAUACAUCCAAUGAAAGAGAAGGUCAAUCUAAUUACAGCCCACCAAAAAGCAAGCGAAUGAAGACCCAAUCUUUCUCAGAAGCUAGGGAUGACAUGAGAAAGGUUUUUAUUCCUGCACACAGAUACACACCUUUGAAGGAAAACUGGCUAAAAAUAUUCACUCCAAUUGUAGAAUAUUUACAGUUACAAAUUAGAUUUAAUCUGAAAACUAGAUGUGUUGAAAUUAAGGCUUGCAAAGAAACCAAAGAUAUUGCUAAUUUACAAAAAGCUUCAGAUUUUAUCAAGGCAUUUGUGUAUGGAUUUGAAGUGGAAGAUGCAUUAGCCUUACUGAGACUUGAUGAUCUUUUUGUGGAAACAUUUGAAAUCAAAGAUGUGAAAACUUUAAAAGGUGAUCACCACUCACGAGCUAUAGGUCGAUUAGCAGGUAAAGGUGGCAGAACAAAAUUCACAAUAGAAAAUGUAACCAAAACCAGAAUUGUUCUGGCAGAUGGCAAAAUCCAUAUAUUAGGAAGCUUCCAAAAUAUUCAGCUGGCUAAAAGGGCUAUCUGCAAUUUAAUUUUGGGAUCACCGCCCUCUAAAGUUUAUGGACAACUACAAAAUAUUGCAGCUAAAGUGUCAAAUCAAAUAUGAUUUUGUGAAAAUUAAAUAUUUUAAAGAAUG